AUGUGGAAUGCUGCCGAGAGUCUACUCGUCCACACCGUUCCGCGACUCGAGCGCGUCGUCCUGACCGACCCACUUUGUGUAACCGGGUUCGCCGCGGGGAAGGACGCCUGGGACGACCUGCAAGGCGCCCUCGACAAGGUCGACUUUGUCAUGGCGUGCGAGUCCAUCCACUGGACCGAGCUUGAGCCAACAAUGAGGACAUUGCCGGCGGGCUGCGGCCUGGCGGGACCUUUGCCGCCGUGCUCUACUGGGCCGUUCCCGUCCAUCACCAACAACGGGGCCGCGAGCGACGCCUUCCAGAGGCUGAUCGCCCACCACGUGGACGGGGGGGACGUGCAGCGCUUCUACCUCACUGCGGCAAGGCGUGGGCAUGGGAGCAGCACCCCGAAGAGAAGCAGUGGCACGCCGCGCCCGUGA